AUGCCCACAAAAGCAGUUCCUUCCAUUGGCUAUUUCGGUCUGCAUUUUGAGUUGGAUCCAGUGGCAGGUAUCCGUCACAUCUCGAACCUUGGCUUGAAGGAGCAACUGAGGGGUCGAAUGAUCGAAUUCAUAACAGUCAUGGCCCCGAUUGCCUAUGUGAUGGCGCGACAUUGUGCCUGUCCCACGCCACAAACCGGUGACAGAAACGGCCCAGCGACGGAUUCCCGCGGAGCUCCACCCGAGCACACACCACGUGUUUAUUCGGGCGGUCCUUUUACCGGCAAAACGAGGAGACCAAUCGAAGAGCGCCUAUCGAUUGAGAACACACGUGCAAUUUUGCAAUUUCAAUUUGCCUACACCUGUUUGGCUGAUUACUUCGGUGACCUCUGCAACGUCUUCUGCUCCUCGGAGGCCAAGGAAUAUCGCUGUAGUUUGACGGGGGAAAAGAUUUGUAAUCCUGGUUAUAUCAAAGACAACGUGACAGGUGCCUGCAUCUACGACAGAUGCGGUUCAAUGCCAAACUACUGUCUGAACGGUGGCCAAUGUAUAAACAAAGCCCAGGACGAAGAGGGCGCCAUGGAUUCGACUACAAUGCCAAUUUGCAUCUGUCCGCCCUCCCGAAUGGGUGUACGAUGCGAGAUUUACCGUGAGGUGCCGCCCACAACACCCCAACCACCUCCACCCCCUGUUUCCAGCAAAACACAAAUGAGUAACCCGACGAACAACGUCUCUAUUCUGCAGCCCUCAGCUGACGAAGUGCUCGACAGCCGACCAUCUGGAGCAUUGGGACAGCCAGGUCCAGAUAAUAAGCUUUGGUACCAAGUUAUGAUUUUUGCCGCCGUCGCAGUCUGUUUGACUGUACUCGCCUUCGGAAUAUGCCUUGGUGCCGGCUGUUACGUCGUCAGGAUGAAAGCAAAGGCGGCACUUUUGAGGCGCCACCAAGAAAGCCGACUGGGUGAAAUGCAGUUCGUAGACGGUGGAUGUCUCAGCACUUCAGAAAGUGGUGGAGGCAUUCCAGUGUACCUUCAACGUUGUUCAUCCCUUGAUUACACCCCACAGACCUUACAGCGCCCACCUUCGGUUCGUAGUUUCGCUCUAUCCCGACCUGCUACAAGCUCUGGUCUCAUCACAGACACUGUCCAAACUCCCACCGACCAGCCGUUUGUCUUCAGCAAGGGGUUCGGUCGCACAGGAGACUCACUGGUCUGGCCAACACUUCGUCGGACUGCCGGAAAGACUUGGGGCGAAUAUGGCUUCGAAACUUUCACUCGCUGCCCGACGACAACUUCAGCAGGCGAUAUAGAUUUGGGCCUCCAUGAAGAUGGUCUGCCAACCAUCAAUCCAAUGGAAGCUUAUUCCUGUCGACACGACCCCUAUGGCUUUCUUUCAGAACUGCACAACCACCUGGGGGACCCCUUGACUUCCUCAGCCCCCCUUAUGAACAACAUGCUUCCCCUACAGACAUCCACCAUCCUAAGUCCCACUCGUCAGCAGGGCACAAAGAGCCCCAUUAGUGUGGAGGGAGGAAGGAUGGAUUUGAGGAAAAACAACUUUCAGAUGGCGGCUGCUCCACCUCCGAGUGAAUUUGCUGAUCUGGUUAUGAAGUAA